CCUCCUCCUCCUCCUCCUCCUCCCGCCUCAGCUCCGUCCCCGCCUUCCUUCCACCGCCUCCUUUCCCUUCCCCGCUCCCCCCGGGCCGGGUUUCGGGACGCUGCUCGGCGCCCGCCCGUGAGGAGAAGAGCGGCCUCAGCUCAACCCCUCCUCCACACACACACACACACACACCACACACGCUCCCCCCUCCGCCUCCCUGCCCGCCCCAUCCCCGCUCCUCCCGCCGAGCGGGGACUCGCCCCGAACCGGGAGGGAGACGAUCGCUGUCCUCGCCUCCUCCUCCUCCUCCUGCAGCGGGGGCCGCAUCCUGCUGCCGAGGGGGAGGGAAUUGAUGUGGAGACCCAGCGCAGCACCAUGCAGCCCCCGCCGAGGAAGGUGAAAAUUACACAAGAGCUAAAAAACAUCCAGGUGGAGCAGAUGACAAAGCUUCAGGCCAAGCAUCAGGCAGAAUGUGAGCUCCUUGAUGAUAUCAGAUCAUUCAGUCAGAAGAGAGCUGCACUUGAGAAAGAAUAUGCCCAGAACAUCCAGAAGCUGGCCAGCCAAUACCUGAAGAAGGACUGGCUUGGAGUGAAAGCUGAUGAACGAAGUGAUUACAGGAGCAUGUACUCAGUUUGGAAGUCCAUCUUAGAAGGCACCAUGCAGGUGGCUCAAUCUCGACUCAACAUCUGUGAGAACUACAAGAACCUGAUUUCAGAACCAGCCAGGACUGUGAGGUGCUUUAAGGAGCAGCAGCUGAAGAAGUACCUGGACCAGCUGACAAGGAUCCAAGCUGAAUUACAAGAGACAGUAAAAGAUUUAGCUAAAGGCAAAAAGAAAUAUUUUGAGAGUGAGCAGAUGGCUCAAGCAGUGCGGGACAAAGCUGAUAUUGAGGCCAAGUCCAAACUUAGUCUUUUUCAGUCAAGAAUAAGCUUGCAGAAGGCAAGUGUGAAGUUAAAAGCUCGCCGCUCCGAGUGCAACUCCAAGGCCAUCCACGCCAGGAACGACUACCUGCUGACCCUGGCAGCUGCCAACGCACACCAGGAUCGUUACUACCAAACAGACUUAGUCAACAUCAUGAAGGCUCUGGAUGGAAAUGUCUAUGAUCACCUCAAGGAUUAUUUAAUGGCAUUCAGCAGGACUGAACUAGAGACAUGCCAAGCUGUCCAAAACACAUUCCAGUUCCUCCUGGAGACUUCCAGCAGGGUGGUGCGGGACUACAGCCUGCAGCUCUUUCUCCAGGAGAACUCCGUGUUUCACAAACCUCAGCCCUUCCAGUUCCAGCCCAGUGACACUGACACUAGCUUUAACACAGUUCAGCUGGUGGAUAUUGAGCCCUCACCCGUCAGUGCUAUGAGAAUGACAAUAGCAGAGAGCAGGCAGCUGGAGUCGGAGACUGGCACGACGGAGGAGCACAGCCUCAACAAGGAGGCUCGCAAGUGGGCUACCCGGGUGGCUCGUGAGCACAAGAACAUCAUCCACAGUCAGAGGACCCUUGAGGAGCUGGAAUGCCAUGGCCCUGUGAUGUCUGAGCAAACCAGAGCAGAGCUGGAGCAGAAAAUAGAUGAAGCCAGAGAAAGCAUUCGCAAGGCUGAGGUCGUCAAGCUGAAGGCAGAGGCGCGGCUGGAGCUGCUGAAGCAGAUCGGAGUGUCGGUGGACACCUGGCUCAAGAGCGCCAUGAACCAAGUGAUGGAGGAGCUGGAGAACGAGCGCUGGGCCAGCCUGCCCUCGGUCACCAACAACGGCUCCUCGCACCUGGGCAAUGCUGAUGCAGAGAAGGAGGAAGGGGAAGAGUUUGAAGACAGCAUGGAUGUGUUUGAUGACAGCAGUUCCAGUCCCUCUGGCACUCUACGGAACUACCCCCUCACCUGCAAAGUCGUUUAUUCAUAUAAGGCUUCUCAGCCAGAUGAGCUGACCAUAGAGGAGCACGAAGUGUUGGAGGUUAUUGAAGAUGGAGAUAUGGAAGACUGGGUAAAGGCACGGAAUAAAGCAGGCCAGGUGGGCUAUGUGCCAGAGAAGUACCUGCAGUUCCCCACCUCCAGCAGCCUGCUGAGCAUGCUGCAGUCCCUGGCAGCACUGGACAGUCGCUCACACACCUCCAACAACUCCACUGAGGCUGAUUUGGUCUCAGGAAGCCUGAAUGGAGACUCCAGUGUCUGCUUUGUCAAAGCACUUUACGACUACGAGGGGCAGACGGAGGACGAGCUGUCCUUCCCGGAGGGAGCCAUCAUCCGCAUCCUCAACAAGGAGAACCAGGACGACGACGGCUUCUGGGAAGGGGAGUUCAACGGCCGCCUGGGCGUCUUCCCCUCCGUGCUGGUGGAGGAGCUGACGGCCAACGGAGAGCCUCAGUGGAUUGGAGACAUCCAGGUAUCCCCCACUCCAAAGCCCAACAAUGUCCUUCCACCACUGCCACUCUACGACCAGCCUCCCACCAGUCCCUACCAGAGCCCAGACAAGAUUGGUCCUCAGUACUUCCCCAGAUCACCCUCAGCUACAGAGAACAGCUUCAGUUCAGAGUCCCCUGGAUUCUCACAGCCUCCCCGGAUCCCUCCCGAGACUUCCUACGGCAAACUGCGACCUGUGCGAGCAGCUCCUCCUCCCCCUACGCAGCAUCCCCGCCGGCCGACAGAGAAGAUCGAGGACGUGGAGAUCACCCUGGUGUGACGCUGGGACUCAGCUCAGCAGUAGUGCUACAAUCAAGACCAAACCCCUGCUGUUUGGUCAAUCUCAUUUGGGGUUUUUUGAAGGCACCUUUGCAUGAUGGAGACUUUUCCUGGAGCCAGGAGCCUGGGGAGGAUUUGAUGUGGCAGCAACACGGCAGAUUCCUUCCCACA